GUCUUUGACAACCCUUGUUGCUGACAAGACUGCUAUAAGAAGGGUGCCCUUUUCAAUAGUCAGAUCUAAAAGUAUUGGAUAUAUUUCAUUAUGUGGUUAUGAAGGAUUUUCACGCAAUGUGUUUCCCUCUAUCAUUUGGUCUUGGAUGUCACCUGUAAAUAGUCUCUCUUCUCGUGUUCAAACAUUGGUGGACAUGUCUUCUCUUGUUUCUUUAGAUGUACAAAAUAGCAGUUCCAAUCAGCUAUCAUAUAUAUCUGACGAGCUUCCAAAGCUUCAAAGUCUUUGGAUAGAGUGUGGUUCGGAUCUUCAACUUUCUCGAGAUACAGCAAGUAUUUUGGAUGCUUUAAAUGCGACAAAUUCUGAAGAAUCGGAGUCAUAUGGAACAACAUCUCAAAUGAAGAAUGUAUUUACAUUAAUUGAAUGCAAUUCAAGAUCUAAAUUGUUUGAGAAGACACUUUUAAUUCAAAUGGGAAUCAGUUGGGAAAUCACACAUAUUCUGAAAGAGAGAAUUUUACAGAAUGUAACUACGAGUGAUGGCGACGAUUGUUUGCUACCUGGCGAUUGUUAUCCAGAUUGGUUAACCUUCAGCAGCGAAGGUUCUUCUGUGACUUUUGAAAUUCCUCAAGUGAAUGGGCGUAGCUUGAAGUCAAUGAUGUGCCAUAUCCAUUAUUCUUCCUCAGACAGUAUAACAUCAGACGGCCUGGAAAAUUUUUUGGUGAUAAAUCACACAAAGAGCACCAUUCAGCUUUAUAAGAGAAAUGCAUUAGCGUCGUUUGAUGAUGAGGAGUGGCAGAGGGUACUAUCAAACAUUGAUCCUGGAAACCAGGUGCAAAUUGUUGUUAUUUUCUGGAGUAGAAUAACUGUUAACAAGACGUCAAUUUAUCUUAUAUAUGAGACAAUUGAUGAAAAAGUAGAGCACUAUCAUGCACAAAAUAUGAAUGUUUCUAGGUCAAUCUCUCCCGGAGUGGAAUCCAUGGAGGACUUGAGGGGUGGUUCUGUUAAAAGCUUAACUAAACGCUUAUUGAACAAAUUCUUAUCACGUAAAUACUUUUGUAAAGGGAAAGUUGAAAAGAAGAAAAACCAAGGUUAAAAGAUGGUGAAUGAAUGUUUUUAUGGUUA